GACAAGUUAGAUGUAGUUCUUGGCGUGUUUCGUAUAAUAUUAGUAAUACUAUUGUAAUCUGCGUGACAGUUUCACUAAACUCUCUGACUUUAUUCCUGUCAGGAUUUUUUUCAGCCCGUUGGUGGGCUUAGUAGUUUCCUCUUGCUCCGUGUAACCGCGACGUGAUGGAAAGUUAACGUUAGCACUCGGAAAAAUAACGGACUAGCUAGUUAGCUAUCACCAGCUGUCCUAACACACAUGACUGGAGAAACCGAUUAACUGGUUAUGACUGUGACUGUACUUAGUUCUAUUUUUCUUCCGGGGAAAUUUUGUUUUCUCGGUUAACAUACAUAUUCUUUUAGCAGGUUUUUACCCCACCCCCACACCCACCAUCAUACGUGUUAACUUAGCAAGUGUGGCUAGCUGGGCUACCUGAAGAAAAACGCCGCUUUAUGCGCGGAAGUGUUUGAACACCUAUGGACUAGCUGUGUGCUGUCAUAAAGCUGAUAUGGUUGAUAGGCUAAAGCUGCUGCUGCCAAGUUAAGUCUCUGCCCGUGAGGAUAUCCGGUCCACCAUGAAGACCCUCGGACCCAGAAUCUCAUUUUAUGCGGGCUUUGUGGUGGGAACUUUUACGCUGUACGUGUUUCUGCGGCAGCUUUGGUUUGAGAAGACUCUGCCAAUGCAUCAAGUCACCACCUUGGCUAGAAUUCAGGACUACCAGCAACAGCUCGAGGAGGAAAAGAAAAUGUGGAAGAAAGAGGGGUCUGCACUUUUCAACCUCGAGCACCCUCAUCACAUAGGUGAGGAUAGCCGCAUGGCUGAUGAAUUGUACAAAAAGGUGCGUAUUCUUUGCUGGGUGAUGACUGGACCCAAAAACCUGGAGACGAAGACUCGACAUGCGAAGUACACUUGGAGUCGCCAUUGCAAUAUUGUUGUCUUCAUGAGCUCUGUGGAUGACCCCGACUUUCCCACAGUGGGAUUAGGUACAAAGGAGGGUCGGGAUCAGCUGUACUGGAAAACAAUUCGGGCCUACCAUUAUGCUUAUGAGCAUUAUGCAGAUGAGGCAGAUUGGUUCCUCAAGGCAGAUGACGACACCUACGUCAUAGUGGACAACCUGCGCUGGAUUCUUGCAAACCACACUCCUGAGGAACCUAUUUACUUCGGCAGACGAUUCAAGCCCUACACUAAGCAGGGCUACAUGAGUGGUGGUGCAGGCUACGUACUGAGCAAAGAGGCUUUGCGAAGAUUUGUUGAAGGUUUUAAAAGCAAACAGUGUACUCAUACUACCUCCGUAGAGGACCUGGCAAUGGGGCAGUGCAUGGAGAAAGUUGGGGUGCUGGCUGGAGACUCCAGAGACUCUUUUCAUAGGGAGACAUUUCACCCCUUUGUCCUUGAGCAGCACCUCACUGCCAAAUUUCCAAAGAGCUUCUGGUAUUGGAGCUACUGCUACUACCCCAUCUCAGAGGGUCCUAACUGCUGCUCGGACAUGUCAAUAUCUUUCCAUUACGUGGAUGCUGUAGGGAUGUAUUUAAUGGAAUAUUACACUUAUCACCUGCGUGCCUUUGGCUACAGAUAUCGCUAUCAGCCUCCCACCCCACCUGGCUACAGUAUAAAUAAGUUUGAAUCGUGGGAUGCUGGGAAAAAAGACAAAAAGCUGGAACAAAAACUAGUCCAUCCAGACCUAUCCAGAACUGACAAGAGACAGAAUGAAGAUCCCCCUCCUGUAGAUGGUAAAGAUGGUCCUGCUGCUGCAGAGGGUAAAUAACAGUAGGACUUUGUAGCAGUGUUGAGGGUACUGAUCAUUAGGAUAUGCGGUGGAUUUGGGGUGUUGAGUGUUUGGGUAUCCAUUCUGAUAAUCAAAGUGAAGUAUAAAAACUUUGUCCACUUAGACUGCUAGUGAACUUUGACAGCAAGACUGGGUGUUCCCCAUGCUAAAAGGUGACCUGUGGCUCUCUAUGUCAGUUUUGUCAGGUGUUUUCACAGAUUGUUCCAUAACAGGACUCACCUUUCUGUUGUUCUGAAAACAAAGUAAACCAGUAUUUCCAGUGCAUUUUUAAAAAAGUGACUUUUCUGUUCUUUCAUUUCUUACCACAAAGUCCCAGUAAAACUUGUUCUAACACUCUUUAAGGCUUGCUGGAGUUGUUAGGUUUCAGUUCACACUUAUAGCUAUGUGCCUGAAACCUGGUUUAUGUCAGAUCAUAUUGUUGUUUACGAGAGUUUGAUGCCUCCCAAACACUAGCGUUUAGGAUUGUGCUUAAAAGCCUUUUCACAUAAAAUACAAGGGUAGCAUCUCUUUACUUUUUAUUUUUGGUUGUUUUGUGUUUUGACAAGUUCCUUCUUUGAAGACAUGUUUUAAACCAAGACGUUGCAUAAGUCUAAAAGGUUUACUUAAGUGAAGUAGUUACAGUUAACUAAUAAUAUUUAUGUACCCAUUAGUCUGCAUCUCUUGGUAAACCAGACAUCAGAAUUGGUGAAAAACUGCUGUUUUCCUAAAAAGUAAAUAGGCUAAUCAAAGUGGAUCUCCUAUUUUUCAAAGUAACAGUGAAAAAAAAAAGGUUUUAAAAAAGUGAUGAAUAGGUCAAUCUUUUAUUCUCUAUCAAAUGAAAUAUUUUGUUCCAUGGAUGGUUAAAUAGCUAUAUAUAUAUAUAUAUAUGUGUCUGUGUACAUAUAUAUAUAUAUAUAUAUAAUAUAUAUAUAUAUAUAUAUAUAUAUAUAUAUAUAUAUGUGUACCUAAUAAUAUAUGUACCUAAUAAACUGGCAACUGAUUGUAUUAAUAUUUGAUAUAACCGAUAUCAUAUGUUACUAAAUGUAUUUUAGGAAAAUAUUUUGAUUGCAUACUCCUCAAUAGUGAGGUGACUGUUAUGCUUUAAAAGGAAUCUAAAUUUCUACAAUGCAGCCAAAGAUUUCACACAAGACCACAGUGAAGGCUGAUGAGCCUUUUCAGCUGUUAUAUGUGAUCGGGCUAAUUGUGUGGCGCUUGUGGGUCUUUUUCUUUCUUUCUUUCUUUCUUUUGUUAAAGAGGACUUUGUUUAGUCAGCAAAGACUUUCUGGGAAGUCAGUUGGAUGAAGAACAGGUUAGUCAAACUUCUUUUGUCUUCUCUGGAAUGAAAAAUGAUCUUAAUCAACCGACCCACAGCACAUUGUUACCUUUCUGUGUAACGUGCUGCACACAGUUUCCUGCAUCUUCCUACAGUGGAGUCAUUAGCUUGUGCCUUGUAAAUUGAGAUUGUAUGAGCCAGCCAUUAGCUGCACACUUGACUUAGCACUGUGACAUGAGCGUGAAGAGAGUGUUGAUUCAGAUGGCUGUUUUAUUUUACUGAAUCCAUCUGUUGUAAUGUGUUUGAGCUUCAUUCAAGUCAGUGAAUGUCUUUUUUGGUUUUUUUAAGUUUGACAAAGGUGGUGUUAUUUUGAAAGUCUUUGCCAGUCAGGCCUCAUUUGAAGUUGGCACACUUUGCACAUGUAAAAAAUAAAAUUAAUAACAGCUCUUUUGCUAGUUUCUAACCAGACAUUAAACCUGUGGUAGAUGCAGUAAUCACCAAAGGUGAGCUUAAAUGCUGAAAGAAGAAGAAGGAAUUUGGCACAUAUCUGCAGAGUGACUAAAGGUUUUCAUGGAACGGUGGCCAUUUUUUUUUCUUUUUCUUUUUAUGACCACAUUUUCUUCAAGGUUAAAAAUGUAUGAGGUUGAUAUUUUCAAAUAUAACUUUGUGUUUACACUUGGUUUCUGUAGUAUGUGCACGAACACAUGCAUGUUCACCAGAGCAUGGUUUAAAAAAAUGUUUUUUUCUUCUCAUCUUUCUUUUGGCUGCUCACGUUCACAUUUGAUAUCAGCCGCAUCAUUUCUAAUGGUCCUUGACAAUCUUCUCAUUUCAGAGUUUUCUUAAAGGGAAUGGUGUACAGUGCUAUAUUUAUAUUUGGAACGUAUUUAUAUUGGAAUAGAAAUCUUAAUUGAGUCGAUACACUUCAGUGUGGAUAUGAGUUCAUUUUAAUGUGUGAGCACACAUGAUAUAAUCAGUGUGCAGGAUUGUUUUUAGUGAAAUGGUAAUUUAAUCACUAUAAAUAAAAGCAUAUUUUAUUUUA